AUGUCGAGAAAAUUCUUAUCGAUUUCCAUUUAUUUAUUUUUCUUUUCCACAAUUGAUAAAUGGAAAAUAAUUUGUUACCCAUCGGUGAAUACCAGUGAAGAUACAUCAUCUAAAGAUUCCCAUUAUGUAAUAUUAGAUAGUGAAAGUGAGAAAUUACUCGAUGAUAUUAAUGAUGCCAUUAAUGAUAAUGAUGAUCAACAAGUUGUUCAUGAAACAUCAGAAAAUCAAUAUGAUAUCUCAUCUGAAGAACAAUUAUUAGAUUUAACAGGUGGUUCACUUGAAGAUGAACUUAAAGAUGCAUCAGAAGAUGAUGCAUAUGUUCCGAAAUCAUUAGACAAUUCCUUUUCUGAUGAUUUUGAACGAAUUUCAUUGGCAUUUAAUGAAAAUUCUCCACAAUUAAAUUAUUUUUCUUUGGAAAAAGUUUUACCAAAUCAAAUUCCACUUGGUCUUAUUAAACAAAAUUAUUCACCUUCAGAUGAAUUGAAAUUAAUCGAAUUAUAUCAAAGUAAUCAAGUUGAAGAUACAAAACAAUUGUUUCAAUAUAUUUCUCAACAUAUUCAUCAUCGAUUAACAAAUUGUCUUUCAAAUUUUGGUAAAUGGUUAACAAAUGGUCAAUUAGAUGAACCAAUCUUCUAUCGAAAUUGUGUUCCAUGUACAAAUGCUGUCGAUUUAAAUUUUCAAAGUUUAUUUGAUUAUGUCAAUCAACAAAUUAAAUUGAAACAUUAUUUCGUCAAUACUUGUGAUAAACAAAAUCAAUGGAUUUCCUAUAUAAGUGAUAUGAAAUAUUUAUCAAACGAAAUUGAAAAUAUCUCUUCAGCAGAUUUUACAGAUAUUAUACAACAAAAUCUUCUUCCUAAUCAAAGAUAUGUUUUUCAAGGUAUUGUCAGAUCAAAUCGUGCGAAGAUUCAACAAGGUUUCUUUCAUGCAUGUAAUUUAAUAAAUGAUCAUAAUGGUCAUCUAUGGAUUGUUGAUGGACAAAUUCAAAGAGUUUAUGAUUUUAAUGAUACAGAUGAUAUUAAUGAACUCAAUAGAAAAUAUCGUCCUGAUUAUCUUGCACGUGCUCAAACAGGUUUAUUUCGACCAACAGUAUCUAAAAUAUCUUGA